GAACAGAAACACCCAUUUCCCUUUGAGAGGAAGAACAAUUGGACAAAAGACAAAACAGCAGAAUCAGCUCUGUCCUUUACCCACAGUCUUUAUCAAAGCAAGAUGAAAACAUUAUUUUUGUUGUUUCUCUUCUGUCAUGUUUCAUCUCCUGUUAAACACACCCUGAAGUUUUUCUUCACUGCAUCUUCUGGAGUCCCAAACUUCCCAGAGUUGGUAGCAACCAUAGUGGUUGACGAAAUCCUGGCGGGUUACUGCGAUACCAACACAAAGACAAUAAAACCUAAACAGGACUGGAUGAAAAAAGUGUUUGAGGAUGAUCCACAGCACCUGGAACACUACAAUCGACAUUGUUCUGAGAAUGACCCUGUAUUCUUCAAAACCCUGAUGGAUAGUUUGAAGCAGAGCUUCAACCAUAGUGGAGGUAUCCACAUUUUACAGAGGAUGAAUGGUUGUGAGUGGGAUGAUGAAACUGGAGAGGUUAACGUUUUUGUGCAGUAUGGUUAUGAUGGAGAUUUUUUCUUGGUAUUCGACGUGAAGACAGAGACAUGGAUCGCUUCGAAACCACAGGCUAUCACCACCAAACAGAUAUGGGAUAAAGACAAAGAUAGAAUAACAGACUUUAAGAAGUACCUCACUCAGAUUUUCCCCGGGUGGCUGAAGAAGUAUGUGGCCUAUGGCAACAGCACUCUGCUAAGAAAAGACCUUCCCUCAGUGUCUCUCCUCCAGAAGACUCCCUCCUCUCCAGUCAGCUGCCACGCUACAGGUUUCUACCCUGACAGAGCCACCAUGUUCUGGAGGAAAGAUGGAGAGGAGCGUCAUGAGGACGUGGACCACGGAGAUAUCCUCCCCAACGACGACGGAUCCUUCCAGAUGAGUGUUGACCUGAAUCUUUCAUCAGUCACGCCUGAAGACUGGAGGAGGUACGACUGUGUGUUUCAGCUCUCUGGUGUGAAAGACGACCUCAUCACCACACUGGACAAAGCGAAGAUCAGAACCAACUGGGGGAAGACCAAUGACAUGACUUUUGCCAUCACUGCUGCAGUGGUUGUUUUUGUUCUUGCUCUGAUCCUCUUCAUUGCCUCUGGAUUCAUUGCUUACAAAAAGAAGAAAGGUGAGAGAAAAAUAAAGGAUUAGGGUUAGAGCUGUUUUUAGUACUUUUAUUUAACAACAAUAAGCACUGUGAGGCUCAUAGCCUGUGUGUCAUGAUGGUAUGACUAUACCAUGAUGAUGUGGGAGAGAAGUGUUAAAAAAUAAAAAAGAAAGGACUAAACAGAAGGAUAGAAAGGAUUUAUUUAUCUUUUUUGAUUUCAGCCAAAUGUCCUCCAUCUUGUAAGUACAACUUACUUUGUUGUGCUACUUCUAUUUCAACUGAGCUGACACAAACUUUAUGCUGUUGAUAAAAGAGAUUAACUUCUUCAAGACCGAUUCUUGCAUUUACUUUUUUAUAAAGGUUCCGUGCAAGAUGAGUUUGUUUCUGACCUUACAGAUCCUCACAACAGCUCUGAGCUCUCUAACCUUUCUAAGUAACUGAAUCCAGAGACCUGACUGACAAACACAUGUCACAUUAUAUAGGUUUACAGAACUAAAAGAUGACUUCCUGUAAACAAAACUGAAGUAACUGUAUAUGAAGAUAACCGAGAAAUAACCAACUAAAAAGAUAAUUUUGUGCUUGAUAUUUAAAUGUUAAACCUAAUAGUUUAACAUUACAAAUUGAUUUUCUAAACCGGUUUAAAAAUGUUUUGGUUUUCAAGAAUCUUUUUUUAUUAUAUAUAUUUUAUCAUCAUUCAACAUUAAUGUAGUGAUAUGUUUUCUAUCCAAGUUUGUAAACAUAAGUGUUUUUGAACAGUAUUGUUUUUGAAUGACUAAAUAAAUGACAAGUUUCUUUACAUGUAGAACUGAA